CAACACGGUUGCCACACCGACUACAUAAAACGGUUGUAAUCAGUUUUUUCGUACCAAAUAUAAACAUUAAACAGUUGAACCAGUGGUAGCCGACCGAUGGACGUUGUAGGCGUUAUUUUUAGUCGGACCGCGAACCAGUCUGGAGCGCGCUCUGCCGCCAGUCGCAGCGCGCUACUCUCCCACCCGGUCGUGCCUGUGUUAUAGUGAAAUUAAAAAUAAAAAACCAGAAUAAAACAAGGUUAAAGAAGCUUGGAUGUGCUGGCUGGAACCCCAGCACAAUCAGCUUCCAAGAUCAUGUAUUACAAACAGCCAGUAUUAUGAGACUUAUGAGUUAACAAACAAAAUCAUCAAAGCUGACCAAAUGAAUUAACUCACGAAUUCGACUAAAGUGACUAUUCCGAUGUAAAAACAACGAUUCGACAAUGAAACGAAGAAAGACAGAGUGCUAAUAAUGAUAAGACUUUCGUCUAACCAUUUAAGAUGUUAGACGUGUUUCGCGGUCUAAAGAAUCUGAUAAAAGUGAACUAUGUACAUAUCGACUCGCCAGUGUUUCGUCUACACUAUUCUAUAACAGUUAUCUUGCUUAUAUCGUUUAGUUUGAUAGUGACUACGAGACAAUACGUGGGUAACCCCAUAGACUGUAUACACACUAAGGAUAUACCUGAAGACGUUUUGAACACAUACUGUUGGAUCCAUUCGACUUAUACUUUGAAGAGUUUCUUCAACAAGAAAGUGGGAGUAGAAGUCCCGUAUCCCGGGAUUGGCAACAGUCGUGAGAAGGGCAGGGAAGAUAUGAGCGACAGAAAGAUCUACAAAUACUACCAAUGGGUGUGUUUCUGCCUGUUUUUUCAGGCCAUGCUGUUCUAUGCCCCCCGCUGGCUGUGGAAGUCCUGGGAGGGCGGCAAGAUCCGCGCCCUCAUGAUGGACCUGGACGUGGGCGUGUGCACCGAGAUCGAGAAGAAGACCAAGAAGAAGCUCAUCCUGGACUACCUGUGGGAGAACCUGCGGUACCACAACUGGUGGGCCUACCGGUACUACCUGUGCGAGGGGCUCGCUCUUGUCAAUGUUAUAGGGCAAAUGUUCCUGAUGAACCGCUUCUUCGACGGCGAGUUCAUGGCGUUCGGCCUCAACGUCAUCGAGUACAUGGAGUCCGACCAGGAGGACCGCGUGGACCCCAUGAUCUAUGUCUUCCCGAGGAUGGUAAAGUGCACGCUGUUCAACAAGUUCGGCUCCUCGGGCGAGGUGGAGAGGCACGACGCCCUCUGCAUCCUGCCCCUGAACGUGGUCAACGAGAAGAUCUACGUGUUCCUCUGGUUCUGGUUCGUGAUCCUCGGCAUCCUCACCUUCAUCACCCUCCUCUACCGCGUCGUCAUCAUCUUCUCUCCGCGCAUGAGGGUCUACAUGAUGCGCAUGCGCUUCAGGCUCGUCCGGCGGGACAACGUCGACACUAUCGUCCGCAGAUCCAAGAUGGGAGACUGGUAUCUACUGUACAUCCUUGGAGAGAACUUGGACUCUGUGAUCUUCAGGGAUAUCAUGCACGAGUUUGCUAACAAGCUAAACCACAACUAUCAGCAUCAUAUCCACGGGGUUCCUGACGCGUGACCGCCGAUACCAGGGUGGGUUUUCCACACCUGACUAACGUCGCUACAGCGGGACAUGGAGCCCCCUGUAUAAACUGACUUUGAAGUGCAAAGUGAAAGUGAUCUCACGGUACUGGCCUAAUAGUGUAGUGACUAGGACCCUAUAGCUUACCGUCUUCGGAUCAUUCGCUGUCGUACUUAGUAGUGAGCCGACAAUAUGAUUUAAUCGUAGUCGGAUCCCCCUAGUGGAUCCUCAAUGUUGCCGACUCAAAAUUCUACCACGAGCGUGCCGUAGGAGUGACAAGGACAGUUAUAUACGUGUGUGAGAGACGCGGGAAGUGUCAGUUCGUGUCGACAGCUCGUUUAAAUACUCGAUUGGUGUAGUAUUUUAGAGUCCGGAUGAAAAGGUUGAACGCUUUAGUCCUGUCAUGAUACUCAUGAUAAACUUUUUUCUCUGAAUAUGAUCAGGUUCUAAUUCAACUUUUUCUUGAGUAGACCUCGCGGACCCUUUCCGCAGGGACCAUGGCAUUGUCAUCAUUCGUUACUAAAAGGCAGCUACUUAAUUUUAAAAUAUGGCCAAAGCCAUUCCUCUAAGUAUGGAAGUUUUGUACAUAAAGUUAGCUGUGUUUUAGUAAAGGGAUCUUUAACUAAGCUUUUUUGUAUCGUAGCUACUCUUAAGCACUUUUCAAGCUUCUUUACAGACCAACGGAAAGCCAUAAUUAAAGGAUCCAAUAUGUAGUUAUAGUUCGGAUUAUUAAAGUGAAUUAUUUUACAUCGAGGCAAAGUCC